AUCUAGCUCUCCAUCUCCAUCUCCACUCACGGUGUGUACCCUCAAUCCCCGGAAUAGAACGAUCCCUAUUUGCUUAUACUACUAACGAUAUUUCAGAGUUAAAUUGCGCGCUUGACUUUAGCGCAUCAUAUACAAAGACAUUGCGACCGUCCACAAGUCCAGAGUCCCCUCAUCUACUCUCUUAAGUAACGAUGGCUUUGCAUAUUUGCAACUGCUUUGCUCUCUCAAACCACAAACAAACCCACACUCAGCAACCCUGCUUCUCAAACUCAAACUCAAAGCCCAAAGCUUCUUCUUCACUUCAAACACCACCUCAUUUGACCAAGAGAAGCCUCAGCCUCUCACUCUUUGCAGCAGUUUUCUUAAAUGGGGUCCUCCCAAACUCACCCAUUUUCGCUCAAGAAUUGGAGCUCGAGCGCUACACGGAUUCCAAGGAGGGCUUCACUCUCCUCCGGCCCUCCUCCUGGAUAAAGGUUGAUAAAGCAGGGGCCACUGCUCUGUUUGAAGAGGCAAGUAAUGGCAGCAACAAUGCUGGCGUUGUCGUCAACCCGGUUCGGCUUAAAACACUUGGAGAGUUUGGCAGUCCUCAAUUUGUAGCUGAUAAGCUUAUCCAAGCCGAAAAGCGCAAGGGGUGAAGUAUUCAUUUGCUUUACAUAUGGAAAUGUGGCCGGUGAAUUAAGGUUUUAUAAUAAGCCUGUGUGUCUUUCCUAACCUCUUUUUGGUCUGGCAUUUCAUUAAUCAUUAGAAUAAUGUUUAAUUGGAGAAGAAGACUACCCUCAGGUGUAUAUAAGGUGUAUACAGUUAGAUACUAUGAAAGGGGGAUCUUCACAACAAGCUAUCCGCGCUGUCUUAGAUUGAAUCGCAAUAAGAUAAGUCGACGUUUAAUCUAUAAGGGGGCACUCUUCAAAAUUGAAAUAUAGAUAGCUGAUUAUGAGAGAGCCAUUCCAAAUAGUAUAAAACCAGAAUUAUCACACAUACCCUGGCUUUCGUUAGUUACACACCCAUUUGGCUAUUGAACAGCCAUUAUGAGUCUGUCAAGGGCUUCCUUUCUUCUGGGAAAUAGGUUGAACAACUCAAAUGAUAUCUCCAUUACCAAAUUCCAACAUUUUUCUGUGAGGAUUUCAAUGCAGAAAGCCAGAAAGAAAUUCUCUAACUCAGCUAUUUGAAACAGAUCUGGUUGAUUAUAUUGUUUGGGACUAUCCUUUAAAUAGUGGUUGAACACUAUACUACUCUCACUCCAUGGCUUUAUAUAUAUAAAAAAAAAGAGUAAUUAAAUAAUCGCAAGCAUCUAGAUAGACAAACCAUGGAUUGAGAAUAUAAGGCCAAAUCACCAUUUAAUCUAAAAAGCACCAGAUGCAGCAAAGAUUACCUCAGCUCUUACCAAACAGAUGGAAAUCACAGUGCUUGAGUAUGGAAAAAGUACCGGAAUCGAUUAUUAUUCCUUGCUUGCAUCAUAAACCAGCUUGAUGUUUCAUGUUUGUUCGAACCUGCAUUUUGUUUGUUUAUAGAGAUUGUGCAUAUCCUGACCGUUUGGAUGACUUGCUUGCUUAGCGUGGAGAAUGUCUCUUUUGUUUUACUGCCCACUUUUUUUAUAUUCAUGCUCCCUACUUUCCGUUCACAAGAUCUUAGUAAAAUAACCUUGGGAUAAGAAACUCUUUGAUUAGAGGAAAGGAUUGGGUGCACAUUUCUCAUGGAACUGUGUUCAGCAUGACCAAUAAAGUAAGGCUCUUCAGUAAGACCUUUGGAUCUUUGUAAGCCUACUUUUGGUCAAUUUGAUUGCAUAAUUCUCUUGGCAUUUCUUUGGAUA